AAUUCAGCUGUGUGACUGGAAGACCUCAUUUAAGGGCUGACUGCCAUCGAGGAAGGAUCUCCAGCAAGAGAGGUCUUCUGUGAGUCUAGAUCUUUGGAGAUGGGUGAGCAUUCUUUUUGUAACAUCUUCUCAUUGUGCUGGUCCUGCCGCUAUUAGAAGCUUGGGACCUGCACAAAACUCAGCUCCUCUGGAAAUCUGAAUGUCUGAUAGAUUAAGAUGUGACCUGAACAAUCAGAGGCAAAGUAUUGCUCCGAACUUCAGACAACAAGCAGACUGCUUCAGUCACACUUGGCUUCUUCCCAGUGUCUGCCAUGGAUGCAAGCAGCAAGAAAUCCUGCACCAGCCCAGAACUGGACGAUGCUGGGGAAGAGGAGCUGCAGCCCUCCAGCUAAGAGCAGCUGGGUUUGCUAUAAGAUCAAGAACUCCCAUCUAGUGGAUAUGCAGGAAAAAGCUUCCAAUCUUGGUAGGCAUUAAAAAAAAGAAGUCUAUUAUAAGCAAUUCCUGAGGCAGAAAGCUGAGCAAGUGCAAAUGGUACCUUCCAAGAUAGCAAGACUCUUCAGGCACGAGGAUGCCUUAUUAGGAGGAUCCUACUAAGCAGGCAUUGUGGCUAUUCGAUCAAAUGGAACUGGAAAGAAAAUGGACCAACCAAUUGAAAUUCCUUCUAGGCAGCUUUCUAUAAUUAGAUUUACAAUCAUAUUAUCUCUAUGUUUUCUAUGGAGACCUUUGUCUAAACUUCAAAGGAUGUCUGUUUCCUUUUAAAGUAGUUUUACUAUCUACAUAUCAAACCUGUCAGAGUGCAGAAAUACUACAUGCCCUCUUCCUGUUCCAGGCCACAGUAAAAUUUACUUUGACAAAAAAAGGCAUAUGCCUCUGUUAAGACAUUACACUGCAGUAGUAGUCCACUCCAGGAAUAUAUGCUGGGACUUGCUAGCAUUCCAAUGAAACGAGUUAAAAAACAUAAUGGACUUCAGUGUUACCGCUACCAAAAAUAACCUAUGAGGAAAAGAAAAGCAACUGUCUGAUGCAGUGCUAUAAAAUAUGUAAGAAAAAGGCCUCUUUCACAUUUUCAAAUUUAGCCAAAGAAAUAAACAGCACAAACUUGGCAGGACUGCCUUCAUUCCUCAUCCAUCAGACUUGUGACAGUUUCAAAAAGACAUUCAUGAGGAAACUCACACAGUGUCUCCUUGACGCUAAGUGGAAUUUGAUAAAGCUUUAGAGUAGACAGCAUAUUGUUUGCAAUUGUAAGUAAGUAUUUUUCUAACUAGAAUUUAUGCCAAAUACUUAGAACUCUUGUAAAAUAACCCAACAGAGGACUUGCGUUUAUCAGGUUCGCAAGUUAAAAAGGUAUGUAGUAAGGUACCAAUUAAAUAAAGCAGUAAAGCAAUAUGUUCUCUGAUAAAUAACGUUCUUCUGAACCUGCUCCUUUUUUGCUAUGCUUUACUACGUCUUCAUUUAAAAAAAAAAAAAUCAAAACUUUAAUUUAGAUGAGUGGCAUUUCUCUAUGGAGGGAAAGUGUUGUUGUAACUGAGUAAAAUAACACUUUGUUGGGAACAGCUGUCACUGCUAGAAAUGGGUAUUAGCAUGUUAAUCAGCCUUCUAUCACAGCUUUCCAAAUGAUAUACGAGCUGUGUCUCUGAAUGCACAAUGCAAUCCAGUACUAUGUGAGAGAAGGGGGAAGACAUAAAAACAAGGUAGAAUCUGCUGCAGGAAGUGCCUGUGUGGAGGAGGAAUAGAGAAGUCUUGUCCCCUCCAACUAUUCCAACUUACUUAACACAACUGCAUGUUAUAUAAAUAAUUAAAAUUAACUAACUUUUAGAUGAUUGACUGAGGGGCUUGUUUGGUGAGGAUUCUUCUACUUCCAAUACAAGCAAAGCAGUGUUUCAGAGAGUGCAGUCUGGGUUUGAUAAAUGGCUUUGUUUUAGUCAUGAGAUGCUUUCAUGGGUGCGAUUUCUGUUUGAAAGACCUGAGGUUAUGAGAUACGCCGCUGAAUACUGCAUUCCCUGUAAAUGUUGCCUUAUUAUUGGGGAAAAAACAAUAUAAAAAAACCAAAAAACCAACCCACAAACAACAACAAAAAGCAAAUGAAAACAUUCAGCUCAAACUUUAUUAUAUUUGAUAAGCCAUGGCAAAAUCUGAGACAAAUACAGGUUAGAAACAGUUGUCCUUAGUAAAAAUUAUACCAAACAAUUAGAUUGUCAGAGAGAAAUAAACAGCAAACACCUAUGGGGAAGAGGAUAAUGAGAGCUGUACUACCCAAUUAGCACCUGUGGAACAAAGAAGAAAAGGAUCUUAAUUUCUUUUAAAUAGGGGUAGAGGUCAGCAAGAAAAUCUAGUGAAUCUUUAGUUCCUAUGCCUGACUUUGAUGUUUAACAAGAAAUAACAAAGCAGACCUCAUUUUGGAUAUUUUAUUUCUGUCACAUCAUAAAGAGAAAAAACUGACAGCAAAGUUGUGUGUUUCCUUGAAAGCUGCUGAUGGUAAUUACUGGAAUGAGUUAAAAUUUCCAGCUGGGUAGCUGUUCAAGAGCCAACAGUAAUCUGCCCAGUAAGAUGCCACAUAGGUGAAACAGAGAGAAAAGGAGUGAGAGGUUUUUCACUUAGAAGCCAUUGUCUGCAUUCUUUCAGCACUCUCCACAAGCAGUAGCAACUGAGUGCAUGGGGUUUUCUACUAGAAAGUGAGCAGGCUCCAAGGUAACAAGGAUACUGAGCUGCAGUCAAACACCCAAAACUUUAUUUACUGUAACGCACUCCUAACUCAUUGCUAUUAGAGAUUUCACAGCUGAAUUAGAUGUAGUAAACAACAACAAAAACAAACCAGCAGAUAACCUGAAAGGAAAAGAGGUGGCACUUAAUCUUUAAGAUAAUAGCAAUUCUGGCCAUUCACACUAUUCCCUGGAGAGAUAUAAUUUGUAAAAUACUUAAUUAGUGUGUCACGCCAUUAUUGAUUAAAAAAGGUAGUAAAGAUUCCUCUUUGAAAAUAAAAACCAAGCAAACUGAAGUAGUACCUGACAUGCUGUACUGAAAUACAGAUUUCUGGUGGUACAUCUUUAAGAACACAGGAGCAUAUUUGUAGUUUUUUGGGAUUCUUUAUAUUACGAAGAACACUUCUGCCUUUAAAGCUUAAGGAAGAUGUAUGUACAUGAGGAGAAGUCUUUGAUGGGUGUAUUUUAGCUGUGAGAGCCUUCCAUUUGCUGAGACCCCAAGGCACUUGGAUGGCAACUCCGAAGCUGGGAAGGGGAGUGGGGGUGUGUGGAAGGAAAGGGGGACCUCUCGUCCUUACUAAGCUAAUUAUAUUGUUAUUAGGUCCAAAUCUGAGCAAGGACUGAGAACAGACCUAGCGCACAAAUGUGUGUCCGCACAGCAGAACCUAUGCUAGAGGCACAAAUACACCUUUCAAGUGCGGCUGAAGGCUGGAAGAUACAAUCCGAGAGCCUAACACACAUCCCCCCUCUAGCAGGAGAUGGCGGGAGACCAGGCUGACGGCGGCAGCCGCUCCGCUGCCUCAGGCUGGCCUGGGAGGGGGUAGCCCCAGCGCGCCGCUUCGACAGCACCUGCUCGUGCAGCGGCCCCGCGCGCCGACAGCCCUCCCUCAGCCAACGCCUGCCCGUUUUAAAAGCGCUCGCACGCCGUGCCCCGCUGUGAGCCUGGCGCUGAUUGGCUCCUGCCUCCCGGCAGUUACACCUGCCGCCCAGCUCCGCCAGGCCGCGGGCUCGGGCUGGGCAGUGCUGUGCUGCGCCGAGCAGCGGGAAUAAAGAGCACGCACUUGGAUGUACCACUUGGGCAAGGGAUUGAAGUGUUGAAGAUUGCCUGGCUAUUGCAGACAUGAAUGAGGAGAAUUCAGCUGCAACAAGUGAAUCUGACAAAAUGAGAGGUGGUAAUCAGAAGGCUGCUGCCUUACUGGCCCUACUAAACAAGACUGGAUACAACAUGAUUCAAGAAAAUGGGCAAAGAAAAUUUGGUGGGCCUCCACCAGGUUGGGAAGGUCCUCCACCACCUCGUGGAUGUGAAGUUUUUGUGGGUAAGAUCCCUCGUAACAUUUAUGAAGAUGAAUUGGUCCCUCUUUUCGAGAGAGCUGGAAAGAUCUAUGAGCUCAGGCUGAUGAUGGAAUUCAGUGGUGAGAAUCGAGGCUUUGCUUUUGUGAUGUACACUACUAAAGAGGAUGCCCAGCUAGCCAUCAAGAUUCUUAAUAAUUAUGAAAUUCGUCCAGGGAGAUUUAUUGGUGUCUGCAUAAGCUUGGACAACUGCAGACUAUUUAUCGGAGCAAUUCCAAGAGAAAAGAAGAAAGAAGAAAUACUAAAAGAAAUGAAAAGAAUUACAGAAGGAGUGGUGGACGUCAUUGUUUGUCCAGAUGCCACAGACAGAACUAAAAAUCGUGGAUUUGCUUUUGUAGAAUACGAGUCUCACAGAGCAGCUGCAAUGGCUAGAAGGAGGCUACUCCCAGGAACAUUCCAGCUCUGGGGUCGUGCAGUUCAAGUUGAUUGGGCAUGCCCGGAGAAAGAAGUUGAUGCAGAAACAAUGCGGAGAGUUAAAGUAUUGUAUGUAAGAAACUUAAUGAUUUCUACUACGGAGGACACAAUUAAAGCUGAAUUCAACAAGUUCAAGCCACGAGUAGUUGAACGUGUAAAGAAGUUGAGAGACUAUGCAUUUGUGCAUUUCUACAACCGAGAGGAUGCAGUUGCUGCCAUGUCUGUAAUGAAUGGAAAGUGCAUUGAUGGAGCUAGCAUUGAAGUAACUCUGGCAAAGCCAGUUAACAAAGAAAGUACUUGGAAGCAACAUCUUAAUGGUCAUGUAAGCCCCUGUUCUGAAAAUCUCAUGGAAAUUCCUAGCAGAGAAGACAGUCAUCAAAAAUCCGUAGGGAAACCUGCAAGUCUUUCUCUUAGCCUUAAUGGUCAGCACAGUCCAAGCUCUCCUGAACUUGAAUGGUAUCCAUACCCAUUUCUUCCAGGAGUAAAGCUUAUUCCAAUUAGCAUGUAUUCUCUAAAAUCCAGUUACUUCAGUUCUGCUGUGAUGCGUCUGGAUUAUUUUUGCUACAAAAAUAACUGGUUACCACCAGAAUACUACUUGUAUUCAACCACAAGUCAGGAUGGGAAAAUACAUUUGGUGUGCAAGGUACUUAUUCCGAGUAUUGCAGAUGGUUCGCAGAGUUGCUUCAUGUCACACAAACUCUGUACAACAUUAGAAGAUGCGAGGGAAUUGGCAGCACAGAUGGCACUUCUACAUCUAGAUAGCUGUACACCUAAUUCAGCUUGAAUUGCCCUGAAGUUGAGCAGUUGAAAAAUUUGGUAAUUGUUACUUUGAAUCUUGCCAUGAAAGGAAGAAUACCACACUGAUGCGUGAUUACUGGAAAUUCAGAUUACAUGUUACCUGCUGAAGGAUUUUUCAAAAGGACAUGUUUUAAACUUUCCAUUUUGAAGAUUAUUGCAAUUCAAUGUUAAAUUGUUUUACUUAGAUUAAAUUUGCUUUAAAGGUAAUUGCUUAAAAGUUUUCAUUACCUGUAAUAGUUUAUACAGCAGUAGCCUCUUUUUAGUGUUGGAAUAGUUUAGUAUGACUCCUGCCCCCUUGUAUUACGAGUUUCAUUCAGAGUAUUUUUUAAGAUUGUGUUGCAAGUAAUCUUAAGUACACAUUUAAAAGCCAAUGCUGCCUUUUCAAGCAAAAAUAAUUCCUGAUAUUUCUGUUAGUGGCUGUAGUAUGAAAUACCACACAAAGAUUUGUUUCUGUAACAGCGUAAAUUUUCUAGGAAGAACAUUUCCUACAAAUAUUUCCUUCUAUAGAGAUGUCAUUUAUUUUGUUUCUUUUACUUUGUUUUAAAAGUGGAUCUAUCUCCUUUAAAACUUGGUAUAUGCUUUCAGCUCCUGAUCAAGACUAAGGAUAUAAUGGCAUGACCUGUACAAGUAAUGGUUGUAAGCUUUUUUUUUUUUUUUUAACUUGAAAAGUUGGUAGGAGGAAAAAAGUAGAUAGAAAACAAUGCAAUUGAGUGCUUUAAGUUGAAUAAUUUUUCUUAAUGCAGUCAAAUAUUACAGUUGGAUGUUUCAUCAAUAUACUGCCUUUUUUGAUCUACCUAAAUGUUAUUUGUAUUUAAUGAUAGCUACGUUGUUACAAGCAUUGUGAAUUUUAAUGUUUAAUAUUGUGUUUUACUUCUUCACUUGAAUUUGGAUAUUAAAUUUAUGCUGUUAGCAUUUGGUGUGUGUACUUAAACACUAGACUUUUACAUGUAGUAUAUUUGCAAACUGACUUCACUUUGCUUUUUGUAGUUGAAACUUUGGCCAGAGGCUCCAGUUUGAAGUGCUUUGCUGAACAUGAAGUUGAAUUCAGUGGCUUAUUAUUUCCUAUGAAGCUCAUGUGGGAGGAAGAAAGAGGAGACUUGCUUUAUCUCAUAUUUAAAUCCCCUGAGACCAAGACAAAAAAAAAAACAAAAAAACAACAAAACAAAAACAAAAACAACAGUGUUUGGGUAGAAUAACUCAGCAUUAUGCUGAUAGGGAUGGGAGAACUAAUUUCCAAGUCUUUGUGCCAUUCAGCUUGAGUAUUGCAGUUUGCAGACUGCUGUAGUGAGCUUUGUUUUUGUCUGCUCUGAGUUCCAUGUUUUUAUUGCAAGGUUUUCAAAUAGGCAUCUUUAAAGAUACCUUGAAAAUACAGUAGACUUCUUGCAGUGCAAGAAAAUCUUGAUAAAACAGUGUUCUCUCCUUCUAAUAGAAGUUUGGAUAUACGUGGCACUAUUGGCUAAUUAAGGGGGCUCUGUCACAAACUAAAGUGAAGUUGCAUAUUCAUUUGGGUAUUGUCUGUGGCUGGUGGGGGUGAAGGGCUAGCCAGUACUGCAGAAAGCCUAGGGCUGUUUGGAUGGUAACUUCUCCCAGUAUUUUGAAGGAUUAUGGUGCAAAAAACAAACAAACAAAAAAAACCAACCAACCAAACAAAAAAAAAACAACAACAGGUUUGCUAUAAGUCAGCAAUUCCCAUCAUUACUAAUGUGAACAGGUACCUUCAAAAUCAUUUUAAGUAUUUCUUGUAAGUUUGACUUACACAAGCAUGACCAAACACGUCAGUGCAACAAGUACUUGGAGGAUGUGAGCCAAACACAGCCCUCAGCCACAAGUAGUUGUUUAGUCUUUGUUUUUUCCAGAUCAGAAUGAACUUGUCAGAAAAGCAGCUGAAGCAGCAUUAGCACUUGGUUGCUGUCAUUCAGCAUUUUUGAAGUUUAUAGUACAUCAUUAAAAGUC